AUUACGAGAGCGCGCAGCACUCUUACAAGAUCUAAGGAAGAAUCUCCUUCAAGCUCAAAAUACUAUGAAAACCAAUGUAGAUCAGCACCGUCGAGAGAUUACCUUCCAGGUCGGGGACUAUGUUUAUCUCAAACUUCAGCCAUAUAGGCAGGCUACGAUGGAAAAGAGGCAGUCCAACAAGCUUGCCCCCAGGUUUUACGGACCCUUUCAAGUUCUAAGAUGCAUUGGACCAGUUGCUUAUGAGUUGGAGUUACCAGAGGGCUCCCAAAUUCAUAAUGUGUUUCAUGUAAGCAAGCUCAAACUUCAUUGGGGAGAACUCUUUUCACCACCCGUGCCUCCCCCUACGGCCACAGAGCUGAAGGAUACUGACCCGCAACCGGAGAAAAUCUUGGACCAUCGCGUCGUUCAAAGAGGGAAGUACCAACCUCUUCAUGAUAUCUUGGUUAAAUGGGUUGAUGGUGCAGUCGAAGAUGCUACUUGGGAACAAGAACGACGAUUCUGCAGAUCCCACCCUUCUUUUUCACCUUGCGGACAAGUUGAUGCGUUGAAAGUACGCGUUCAUGGCGUGCCCUUGGCAUUGAACAGCCUCGUCGAGCCGUUCAAGGUACCCGUCCAUCCCUUCAACUUUGAGGUGCAGCCGGUUGAGGGAGUCGGCGAUGGAGGCAAGAUUGGCCUGGGCCUGGGGUUCGGCUGGGCCAACGGCAGGACGGCGGUGCGCGGCAAUGGAGGCGCGGCGUUGUCCGACCGCUUAGUGAAGGAUGUCCAUCACCAAGAAUGGGUACGGGAGGAGGUGAUCGUGGUCGGUAGACGCGGCGAUCGUCAUGUAGAUCAUGGCAAACUUCGCCCAAUUGAUUGGCACCGAGUGCAUGAUCGCAUGGAGGAGCUUGAGAUCCUCGCCGGGCAUUAUUGUGUGCCCGUACUUUCGGGGCUUGAUGAUCUGGGACACGAUGUAAAGGAGGAGACGGCUAUCGGGGACGCGGAGUUGAUGGUGAGGUGGCCCAUGGGAUGGCGGAUGAGCUUGGUGAUGCCAAGCUCGUUGAGGACAAGGCCCUCGUUGUUGAGCACCCAGUCUUCUCCGCCAUAGUUGGAGAUGCGGUCGCCUUGGGAGGUACACUGGAAAAGGAUUACACCACUAUAGAAGAUCCACCACAAAUCGAGAGGACGAUGGAGAACGGCAAAUCGGGAAAACGCAGAAACAUUGAGAUUCAAUGAUCGAUACUUCUUUCAGAAUCCAAUAAAAAAGGUUUGAUUUUCAAUUCUAAGAUUUCUGAGAGGGCGAGGUGGAGAAACUUUAGAUUUUGGCUAAAUCCUUGUCUGGUUUAGUGGCUUAGUUCUUGUUUUGAAUUUCUAAUUCGAAAUUCAUCUAUUACCCUUUGAAACCAGAGCUAUAAAGAUGGUAAUCGAUCUUUCAAUUUCAAUUUAGACUCAAAUGCUUCAUGUUUCUUUUUUCCUCAAGAUUGUUAAGAAGAAUGUUAAUGGUUAUACUACUAUAGGUUUGGCUUUAGGUUUUUCAUAGCUCAUUUUAACAAGACAUGCCAUUUGAAUAAGAACUGUAAGGCUAAACCAUCAAGUGAACUGACUGCAGUUGGUGUUGGUAAAGCCCCUGGGGUCACAGAAACUGACCUCAAUCAGUCUUCUUUUAGAGUUGAGGUACCUUUGAGCAUUGAAGGAGUGGCUGAAGAUCCUAAGUUAUGUAAUUCAGGCUCAGGGUACCUUGAUCACAUUUGUCACAACUCUUUGACAGACAAAGUGAAUUCAUUGGCUAGCCCAUAUAUUUUUAACUGUUUUUGUUAGGUCGUUACAUUGUCCACUUGAUUGCUAGAAAAUUACACCCUUAGCAACGUGCGUUGGAUAGGAAACACUUAAAAAUUCAGGAGAACAGAGGCAAGGAACUUGGGUUUUUUUUACCUUUGCUAUUAGAGGAACUUCUUACAAUUUCCGUCAUAUUUUGCUCAAAUGUUAUGCUAACUUAUAUUUCUACAGGUUUCAUAGGAGGUAAUCCAUCUGACACGAACUCAAGUGGCAUAAUUGAUUUAAUAUUUAUUUGUGCAAUUUGCAUCCAAGUUAAGGUAGUCUCAUGAACCU